GAGAUAGAAAAGCCCUCUCGCGGCCGAACCCCCCCGACAUUCUACUUUUCAUUUUAUUUCGAAACCCUCUUUUACUACAUCUACCCUCUUAAUGGACCCUGCAGAAGUCACGCCUUCGAGUGGUCAACUGGGUAAAAUCACAGACCGUCUAAACCUCUACCGCAACCAACUCCUCCAAUCCUCGAGUCCCUCCACAGAACCCCCCUCCAACAACCACAACACAACACCAAGCCCCCUCCAAACCCCAGCAACAAUGUCUCGCGAUCCCAUCACCUGCCACGUCUUGAACACCCUGACGGGUACUCCCGCCGCGAACCUCCCAGUGACCUUGACCCUCCUAUCCGGACCCUCCACCAGCCAAGAUCCCCUCACUUUCCGCGCGACCACCGACGCCGACGGCCGAGUCAAAACCUGGGAUCCCACCAGCGCUUCAUCCCAAUCCGUUCCUGGUAUCCUUGCCGGACUCCCAGCCGCCGACAGCAAAACGAAUUGGUCCGUUCGGUUUGACGUCGGUCCAUGGUACGAGGCACAAGGAGUGGAGAGUUUCUGGCCCGAAGUCGAAGUGAAGUUUACGGUCAAGGGACGGGGUCGGGACGGCGAGGAGGGUUGGCGCCAUUAUCAUGUUCCCGUGUUGUUGGGACCCUGGAACUAUUCAACUUAUCGGGGCUCGUGACGAAUUGAUAAAGCUUGGAUACUGCCGAUGGCCCGAUAGAUAGAUGCGCCCGGAUGGAUGGGAUCUUAUCGCUCCAGACUAGUACUCCGUGCUCCGUAUCGUGGAGCGCAUGUACCCGUAUGACGUAUCUGGAGAUGGGGUUGAAACAGCACGCUUAUUAUGGAUUUGAUACUUUGAGAUUAAUGAAUCGCAAGUUGCUUGACUUGUAUCCUAGAAUAUAUUUGUAAUUGCAUGAAA